AUAGGCGCCUUAUCCCCUUCUAGUAGCUUAGAGAAGCUGCUGUUCUAGGAGCAUUGUCUGCAUCAGCACCACAGACAGGGCUCACUGCUUCUGCCUACACCAGCCUGACCAUAGACCUAGAAGGAAGGCAUCUUACUGUCUGCAAGCAGAGGAAUAAAGGAUGGUGAAGCUGGGGAGUAAUCUGAGUGACAAAACCAGUAAGGAGCCUUCUGGUGAAGAUGGAUUUCAGACUGUGCCUCUGAUCACACCCUUGGAUGUAAAUCAUCUGCAGUUCUCUGCCCCUGAGAAGGUGGUUGUCAAGACAAGGACAGAAUAUCAGUCGGAACAAAAGAACAAGAAAAUCAGAGUCCCAAAAAUUGCAGAAUUCACUGUCAGCUUCACGGAUGGGGUGACUGAGAGGUUAAAGGUCACUAUCCUAAUAAGCCUGGCACUGGCAUUUCUUGCUUGCAUAGUAUUCCUUGUGGUCUACAAAGCCUUCACAUAUGAUCACAGCUGUCCAGAUGGAUUUGUAUACAAGCAUAAGCGAUGCAUACCCUCCUCACUGGAUGCCUACUACUCUGCACAGGAUUCCAACUCACGAGGAAGAUUUUACACUGUAAUUAGCCACUACAGCAUGGCUAAGCAGACAAGCUCAAGAUCUGUCUCUCCAUGGCUUUCUUCAGGAUCCGUUAAUCAUGAUAGCAAGGCUAGUAAAACUGACGGUCAUUAGAAGGUCAAGCAGAACAAGGGACAUCGGUGUUCCUAGAGCCCUGGGCAUGGCUCAGAUGAGGUGCCACAUUUAAGAUGCGAAGCUAAAAACUUCAGGAGUCUUUAAUGAACAGCAAGAUGUUUCUUUUUUGUGCAUUGUUAUCGUUAAUUUGUAACCGAGUCACAACCUUGUACAAAGGCAUGUUCAAUGUUUAUUGUCUAUCUGCAAUGUAAAAAUAGGAAACAAAAGUGCAAAGAGAAUUCUUUUUUUUAACAUUGCCAAAUUCAAUAAUCUAUUGAUAGAAAAUGCAGACAUAUGCAACUGAAUGGCUUGCUUAUUGCUCAUUUAUAAUAGUCAUUGUUUUUUGUGAGCUGGCACAGUGGUACUGUGUGCUUCUGAAAGGGAGCUCAAUCCACUAUAGUAUGGACAGGAGUAAUGCGGGAUAGAUCCCUUCACAAGUGUGCAAUGUGUCGGAGACAGAACUAGCGGAAAGAGCAGUUAUGUAAUGGAAGGAUCCAGAUGCAGGCUUGCUAUUAGAAAUAUACAGAACCCCAGGUAGAUGACGUUGCCAUAGAAUAGCUAUAGCUAGCACUCUGAGAUUAGAAGAUCCAGGAAUAUAGCAUUUGUAGUGCUGUAGGCAAAAAUAAAUGGAUAUAUCUAGAAAUUGAUGGGAUUAGAAGUACUGUAGAGUAAUUAUUCAUUUUAAUGGGACCUUGUCAUUGCACACUAGUAGCCAGGGGAAUAUAUCACGCUUUAUUUGAAAAAGCAUUUCCUAGCUCAUUAUAGGAAUGUAUUUUACUGUCCGUAUUAAAGGGGUUUUCCGGUUUGUAUCAGUAUCAUUUAAAAUAAUUGUUUAUGAUGGUAGCUGUAAUUUUGGAACAUAUUUCUUUCUUUUUCCCAGUAAUGUUAUGUCCAUGGAUGGGGCAGUGAUAGGGAAGUGUCUAUAUAGCUAGCUGGUGGGAGGAGCUAUAAACUAGCUGGAAGUUGUUAGGGGCGGUGCUGAAGCUGUGGCAGAGAAAGAAGAAGUGCAUCAUGGGUUUGGUUGGAUACAGAAAUAGGAAGUGCUGCAUACAGAAUAGAAACAAACCAGGUGGAUUGGUUUACGCGGUGAAAAUGGGUCAGAAAAGUCAAAAGGAAAAAAAAAAAGCAUGGAGAAGCAACUACAUGAGCUUAUCUUUUAGAAACCAUACUAAUCUUGGAAAACCCCUUUAAGGAUAAAACACUUGCACUCUCAACCAUGGUUCUACUGAACCAGACUUACCAUCGCCCUGCCAGAAUGAUGACUAAUGCAAGGAAUGACUGGAGCAGUGGCCCAUAGUAACUAAUCAGGUUGCUACAUUCAUGUUGCCAAAAAACACUGAGAAACGAGACUUGAUGUCUACAUGUUGCUAUGAGCAGCUUCUUUCUCUUUCUUUGCACUAGUUUUGAGAAUUUCUUAUAAAUGUAGUAAGAUACUUUAUUGAGGAUAAUACAUUAAUGUAGC